ACCCAUUUCAUCUCAUCUCUUACUUUGAAUACUGUAUAUCAAAAGCGUCUCUCGCUUGGUUAUUGUGUGUGAUCCCAAAAGAGAAAGACGGAGAAAAACUCCGGUCCCCUGUUUGUGUAAAAGCGAAGAGAUCUGUCAUCUUUUGGCACUAUCAGGCAUCAUACCUUGAACAUGGCUUCUGUAGACAACGAGGUCAAGGGCAGACUGGCCUUGGUCACCGGCGCUUCCGGUGGUAUUGGAGGAGGUUGUGCCAAGGAGCUUUUCGCCCACGGCGCUCGUCUAGCCCUUACGUGCUCAUCCGACCGCACUUACAACAAGAUCACAGAGCUCGCUUCGUUGUUGAAGAGCUCUGCCGAGGAAGACGUCAAGGUAUCUUGUCAUAUCGUAGACAUGUCCUCCGCCAAAGCCAUCGAGGAGCUGUUUGGGCAAAUCAAAGCCGAACAUGGCCAACCCCCCGACAUUCUCGUCGCCAACGCCGGUACAGCGGGCUUCGGCAACAAAGCCAACCCCUAUCUCGAGAACAUCUCCCUCGAAGAGUUCGACUUCACCAUCAACAUAAACCUGAGGGCCUCCUUCCUUCUGUGCAAGCUGGCCAUCCCGCACAUGGCCGCCCAACACUGGGGCCGCGUCGUCUUCGUGUCGUCCAUAUCCGCCAUUGGCGGUGGCAUUAACGGCUGCCACUACGCCGCCAGCAAAGCAGGCCUGACGGGCAUGAUGAAGAACCUGGCAUCCAAGCACGCCAAGGACGGGAUCACGCUGAACGAUGUCGCGCCGGCCAUGAUUGGCGACACGGGCAUGAUUCCCGACGAGAAGCGUGUCGAGGGCACCCCCGGUGAUGUGAAGAACAUCCCUGUUGGGAGGCUUGGGACGCCACAGGAGUGUGCGAAUGUUGUCAUGAUGCUGUGCAAAACCGGUUACUUGACGGGGCAGAGCAUCUUGCUGAGCGGUGGUCUGAAAUAAAAACUCACUCUGCCACUGUCUUUUUUGUCCCCCCUUCGAAAGACUCCUGAACUAAAGCGUAGACAAAACACUUCUCGGUCUGUGAACACUCCGCGAAUCAACGGCAACCGGCGCCGAGCAUAGAUGUCCUCAACUUUAUGAGAGAGCAGUUUGAACAACGUGAUGAGAGGUGAAAACUCACUAAUAUUCCUUUGAUUGCAACUGGGGCCCACAUUCGGCAAUUUGUGCCGGACAGUUUUCUUGACUUGCACUCUGAAUGUUUCAACUCACUUACUAGAGUUCAAGACCUUCCUCACUGCAGACGCAAAAUCGCCGUUGCUCUUUGAUUUAAGUCUCGAUUCCAGAGCUUGGGA